GUGCCUCAUACAGAUUGGACGUGCGUGCUUUUCUACCUCAGCUGAGAAACGCAGGUACCAACACAAUCAGGAAUGAAACAAGAAUAUCAAGACCUGAUUUUGCAAGCCACAGGCGCUGAGGCAUUGUGUAUCGGUGAUACCAUUCAGACCCUGUGGAGCGGCUAUGGCCAGAUUGUGAGGGUUCACCUGGAAGGCAGUGACCGCCCCUCGGUUGUUGUCAAGCACGUGGUGUUUCCCCACGAGUCGGCUCACCCUGGCGGCUGGAACACAGACCUAUCUCACCAGCGGAAGGUGAGGUCAUACCAGGUGGAGACGCACUGGUACCAGCACUACUCCACCGACGAUGGGUGUCGGGUGCCCGUUUGUUUGGCUGCCCGGUCGUUCGGGGACGAACAGCUGAUCGUCCUGGAGGACCUGGACGUGGCAGGGUUCGACCAGCGGAGGACCAGUGUCAACGGCACGGAGAUCAGGGCAUGCCUCCGCUGGCUCGCCCAAUUCCACGCCCGUUUCCUGGGCGCCUCGCCCGAAGGGCUGUGGCCGAUUGGGACCUACUGGCACCUGGAGACACGCCCGGACGAGCUGGAGGCCAUGGCGGACCGGGACCUGCAGGCAGCCGCGGGCAGAAUUGACCAGAUCCUCAAUGACUGUCGCUUCAAGACCAUCGUCCACGGCGACGCGAAGCUGGCCAACUUCUGCUUCUCGACGCAGGGGUCGGAGGUGGCGGCAGUGGACUUCCAGUACGUGGGCGGAGGCUGUGGGAUGAAGGACGUGGUCUACUUCCUGGGCAGCUGCAUGGACGAGCGGGAGUGUGAGGCGCGAGCGACCGAGCUGCUGGACUACUACUUCGUGGAGCUGAAGGAGGCCGUGAGCGAGGAGGUGACUUUCGCGGAGCUGGAGGCAGAGUGGCGCGAGAUGUAUGCCUUUGCCUGGACGGACUUCCACCGCUUCCUCCUGGGCUGGAUGCCCGGCCACCGCAAGAUCAACAAGUACAGCCGUAGGCUGGCCAAGGAGGUCCUGCUCAAGCUCUGAGGUCCCGCUCUGUGUUUCCUGAUAGGUUGAAAUUGCAGUGAAGGCUUUGAUGUUUGUGGGGGGGAAAGCUGGCAGACUAACCAGCUUGAAACCGCUCGUUCUGUGAAGUGUGAACACUGGCUUAUGCCAUUGUCAUGACAACCACUAUUUGACCCUGUGGUUACAUCAUUCCUUCUUGCCUUGUGAACAUAGAACUGACACACUUUGAGGUCAUUCACCCAUGGCACUUUCAUCAAAGACCCAGAGACUCAGAUGAAGAUGUUAUUGUUUGUGUGUGUCUGUGUAAAUUCUACAUGACCUGUCCAUCCACAUGUAGUCUUUGUCUCCACAGUUACUGCUGAUACGAACUGUGUUUGGAUCUUGUUGUCUUAUUUAUUGACAAGUGUUUUGUGUUCAUAAAAACAAACCCAUUCUUUGGUGUGUUAUAUAUUGGCCCAUUGUCUAGUGAUUCAGUGUGUUACCAUUCAAAAGGAGGUGAUACAUUGUGUUUAUCUCAAUGCUGAAAUAUGCCACUAAACUAAUUAAAGAAAGGAACUGUAGAAUCUGAUGCAGUGAGAAGGGAUAGUUGCUUGCUUGCACAGUGUGAAUUUGGUGGGUUUGGUCAUAACUUGGUCACUGGCUGUGACAGCCUUCUUCCUAAAAACUCUUGUAUACAGUGAUUGAUAAGA